AUGGCAACUGUAAUUAAUCACUUAGAGUCCCAAGUUUUCGGAAAUUUGCCAUCGCAACCCGAGACAAACCCAAAGAAUGUAAGUGCCAUAACAUUAAGGAGUGACAAGAAAGUGGAGGAGCCUAAGGCCACGAACCUAAAGAGUAAAAUUGAAGAAAAGAUCGAAAAAGAGAUUGAAGAAGAAGAACCCAUUCACGGAGACCCUAAGGUAAAAUUUACUCCUUCAACUCCUAUUAAAUCUAACUUACCUCCUUUGCGUUGCAGGUUGGAAAAGACAAAGAAGCAAAAUAAGGAAAAUGAGAUUCUAGAGAUAUUUCGAAAGGUGGCAAUCAAUAUCCCGUUAUUGGACGCGAUCAAGCAAGUGCCAAAAUACGCUCAAUUCUUGAAAAACUUGUGCGUCAACAAGAAGAAGUUGAGGGGGGAUGAACAAAUUGUGGUAGAUGAGAAUGUUUCACCAAUUUUAAAAAGGAAAAUACCACCUAAAUAUGGAGAUCCAGAUAUGUUUAUUAUCGCCUGUAAGAUUGGACGUUCGAAUAUCGAAAAUGUCAUGCUAGAUUUAGGGGAUUCUAUUAAUGUGAUGCCUAAAUCAUUUUAUGAUUUCCUAAAUUUAGGACCUUUAAAAGAAACGAGAAUAAUAAUUCAAUUGGCCGAUCAUACAUUUACUUAUCCGGAUGGGAUAGUUGAGGAUGUCUUAGUGCAAGUAGAAGAAUUAAUUUUCCUGCUGAUUUUUAUGUGCUUUACAUGGAUGAUAGAAGUGCCCCAAAUCCACACCCAUUAUAUUAGGAAGGCCAUUCUUGAGUACCACCCAGACUAA